AAUGUCAUAUGCUUUAUAGUCGAGGCACAGUUGAAGAUGAGGUGGUGCAUGCAAAAUAUCAUAAGGCAGUUGUUAGAGGAAUUACUUAUACGCAUGAAAUUAUGUUGAAGCAGUUUCCAGACGAUAAUAGUCGCGUAAUGUUGCUCGUAUAUAACCAAUCAAAUCCGUUUGAAAAACGAAAGGUCUAUUUUAUAAAAAUGGGUGACGCCAAGGAGUUAAGUGAGCAGAAAUUAGAUCAAUGCAAGAUUUAUUUAUACGUUACUGACAAGAAAAAAGUUGAAGGAUGUGUAAUAACUGAACCAAUUACGAGAGCUUACAAAAUUUCACGCAGUGAUGAUAGUACUCAAGUUGAAAAAAUGCAAGUCGGAACUUCCAAUAAUGG